AGAAAAGAACAAGCUGCUGAACGUUUAACUCAAUUACGUGCAGAAAAUGAUGCACUUGAGAAACAAUUUGGUCAAAAUCUACCAAUGGGUAAAACUGGUGCGUCUUCAACAGCAAAAUCGAGUGGACAAAUACCACAAGGAGAAGAAUUUCAACGUUAUGUUAAUGUAUUACGACAUAAAAGUAAUUCGUAUAAACGAAAACGUCAAGAAAUUAAUGAUAUGACAGCUGAAUUACAAUUAUUGAAACGGACAGAAGAACUUCUUAAGGAACAAGUUGAACAAAUCAAAGGUCGAAUGGGUAUGGAAGAACGUAAACAAGGUAUUGAAGGUUAUUUUUCAACGCAAGAACGUCUUGAAGAAUUAUCUACAAUGAAAAUGGAACAAGAUGAAUUAAAAGGCAAAACAUUAGAUGAAAUAACAGGUUUAAUUAAAACAUUAAAUAAUCGAAUAUCUUCAAAAAAAGCUGAACUUGAUCCAAUUCUUAAAGAAGUUAAACCCUUACGAGCUAAAAUACAAGAAUUACGAAAUGAAUAUGAAGCAAAAAAAAGUAGAUACGAUGCACUUAAUGCUAAUUUUGAAACCAGUCGAUCAACACUUGAAUCAGAAGUUCGUGGAUUUUAUGAAGAGCAAUAUGCUCAAGAAUCUCGUUUUCAUACAUUGAGAGCACAAAUGUUAAUUAACGCAGUGCAAUUAAAACGAGCUAAUGAUGAACAAAGUUCAUAUAUGUCAAAAGAUAAAGCUACAAAAUCAAAUAGAGAACAACUUAAUAAACAAAUAAAUGAUUGUGAAGUACGUGUUAAAAAUAAUCGAGAACGACAAAAACAAACAAAAGAUGUUCAAAUUGAUGGAACAAAACAAUUAAAAUAUUGGCGAGAUCUUCUACGUAUGAUGGAACUUAAACGGAAAAUAGCCAUGGGUGAAUCUUAA